CCCUAGUGGAGAUUGGCGCCGCUCUUCUCCUCCACGUCGUCGUCUUCCUCGUUUUCUUCUUUUUCUUCUCUCUCUGAACAAUCUUCGUCUUCUUCGUCUCACUGAAAACUCUCUCUCUCUCUCUCUCUCCUGUGUCUCUAUCUCUAUUUAUCUCUUCGCUGUUUUUCUGUUUAGAUCUGCUCAGGUUCUGAGCUUUUUCCAAGUCGUUGUUUCGGAAUCGACAUGGUGGUGAAUGAAAGGCCGUCGAAGAGGAUGAAGAGGAGAGUUUCAGCCGAUCUUUAUGAUUUUCUCACUUUUCCGGCCGCCGAUGACCGCUGCUGCGACGAUAUGGUCGGUGGCGGUCAACCGUUCCGGAAAACCGUUCAGCGGUUUCUUACUAAUUAUGCGAUGGUCACCUAUCCCCCGUCGUUAUUUUCCUCCUUGAUGACGUGGCAGAUAUUGUUCCGGAUCGGAGGACUCGUCGAUGGGUCCGAUCUUUCGCCGGCUAUUGUUACUCUCGACAUUGUGGAGGAGGACGUUACUCGAUCUCGAACCUCAGUCUACUGUGAUCAGUGCCGAGUUGUUGGCUGGAGUGGCCAUCCUGUUUGCCGAAAGCGAUAUCACUUCAUUAUCCGAGCUUCAAAUAAUCACAUGGAAGCAUACGAAAGACCUUGCUCAUUAUGUGGGAAAUCUACCCGAUUAUCGGAGCCAAGGUGUAAAUGGUGUGAUGCGGAGAUUACUGUUCAAGAUCUCGAGGAUUGGGUGUAUGGUCAAAUUGAAGAUAACACCCAUCUUCUGCACGGGAUUGUCCACUCCAAUGGUUAUGGCCAUUUGCUUACACUUAAUGGAAGAGAGGGUGGUUCAAGGCUUCUCUCUGGGUCUGACAUAAUGAGUUUCUGGGAUAGGCUUUGCGCUGCACUUGCUGUUAGGAAAGUUAGUGUGAUGGAUUUGUCAAAGAAAUUUGGGAUGGAAUACCGAUUGCUUCAUGCAAUCAUCAAUGGGUGUUCUUGGUAUGGGAAUUGGGGUUAUGAAUUUGGGACUGGUAGCUAUGCUCUCACUCAAGAUUCGUACCAAAAAGCAGUGAAUACCCUGUCAAGCAUGCCCCUGUCGGAUUUAUUAUUCCAGGAUCGUGGGCCCCGAAGUCGCUGGCAGUGUGUUAUUUCUCUUUAUCAAUCGUUGGCAGAUGCUGAACUGUUAACGAUCAAAGAUCUGUUCUCCUUUUUAACGUCCUUAAUUCGUGAGUUCCACAAGCCUCUGACGACAAGAACAACGAGUGCUGAAACUUGCAACGUGUUGUGUGCUUGGUCAAGCAAAGACGUUGAAGCUGUGCAACAGGCCUUGAUCAAGGUACUGCUUGCGUCGGCUGCCUCUAGCGGGGCCAAAUGGGUGACAAGACGAGCUCUCAAGGGUGCAUUAAGUAGGAGUGUUGCGUCUCCAGAGCUUCUGGAUUACAGUCUGAAAUAUCUGGGCGGAAAGUUAGCUGCCUAUGGUAUGGUGGUUAGGUCAAGAUGCAAUCCCUCAUCCAGUGCUGUUGAGUUCAGGCUUGAAGCCUCGAAUGUUAUGGAAAUUGAAGCUGGCACGAAUUCAGGAUAUCCAUCGAAAGAGCAAGUGAUUGAUGAUUUGAGAUUCUUGCUUGAUUCGAUUAUUCAUCCUGAAAGGAUGGCAAGCUACAGGCCGAAGACGACGAGGAAGCGGGUGGCUGAUUCAGCGAGGAAGCUCCUUGACUGCAAGCAGUUCAUGAAGGAUUACAGGCCUGAUAAUAACACGGCAGGUGAGCAAGUGCCUCCAUGUAUUAGGCUGUGGUGUCGCGUGGAGCUUUCCGAUCAGCCAAAAGAAGAUCCAGCCCCUCCCCCAGAACUGAUUUUGCUGCCCUUGAAUGCUACCGUAGCUGACCUCAAGAAUGAGGCGACUACUACUUUUCAAGAAGUGUAUGCCAUGUAUAAGAGGUUUCAAGCUGAGGAACUUCUGGAAUAUGGGUCUAUCAAGGACAAUCUCACAGUAAAGUUACUGCUUGGAACAAGUGGAUCUGUCCGAGUUUUAGGUAAAUGCCAUGCAAAACAUGGCCUAAACCGCUUCCGAAUGGAAAGAGGGACAGAGACGUGGAAGGUUGAUUGCCCUUGUGGGGCUAAGGACGAUGAUGGGGAGAAAAUGUUGGCAUGUGAUACUUGCGGUGUUUGGCAACAUACAAGGUGUGCUGGAAUUGAGAAUUCCAUUGCUGUCCCUUCUAAGUUCGUUUGCAUGAGAUGCAUCAGAUCAUACCGGAAGGAGGCCAAGAAACUGCCUGACCCCAUUGAACAAAAAAACCUCCCUAUGGAUGAGGCAAAAAUCCACCCCGUGAAUGAAGCCAAAAACCAGCCUGUCGAUGGAGGAAAAGACUACCAUGUGGAUGAAAUAAACAUAAGUUGGAAACAGAACACCUCUAUUGAUGAAGCAAGAACCCCCAGUAAAGCAACAACGUCGUGCAGGGGUGAGGUAGUGGCAGCAGACAGUCCUGCAGUUGCUUGUAACCUGGCUCUGAAUUUUGGUGUUCGCUGAGUGUAUAGUGUAUGCCUGUAUGUUGUACAGUAGGUUAGGAUUUUUUUUUGAAAAAAAAACGUGUGGUGCCAUGUAUCUGGGGGUUGGUAUUUUGUUGUUAAGCCUCUGGUUUUAGAGUUUAACUUGUGUUAGCAUUAGGUAAGACUAGGACGGGGACCAAAACGAGAUGAAAAAAAGAACAUGCUUAACAUUGUGUAUCCAUCAGCCUCUAGAAUCUAAAACGUGAAUGUGCUGCCAAUACAAUGAGCUACUAUUUCUCCUC